UCUUGAAGUUGUUGAGUUUCAACUUUCUUUUGGCUUGCGAGAAGCAGUGAAACGUAGUGUCUUAAGAUUCCCACUAGAAAUGUGAUUAAUACGAUGGGUAGAAAUACCCAAACCCGAAUUUGGGGAUCUACAAUUAGAUCUAUUGCCAUUUUAAUUGAAUAAUAAAUGUACUAUUUAAUUUUUUAAGGUUAGGAAGAUCAUCCAUUAGGAAACGAAAACAGAAAAAGUGAGCAUUUUUCUUGUCUUUGGUUAUUAUUUAUUUGUUAAAUAGAAUAUACUUCUCAGUUAUUGUUAAAAUCGAAAAAAAAAAAACAUGUAUAGUAUAUUUGGCAGCAAAUCAACCAAAGUGAAAUUCUUAGAAGAAGGUGAACCUCCUCCAAAAAAACAACCGACUGAAUGUGAUAUUCUGAUAAAAAAGUUGACUGAAAAGCAGCUUAGGACCAAAACUACACUCUCAGAGCAGGUCAGCCAGCAACAACAUUUCACCCAGAGUGCUGAAUUUGUGGAUAUAACAGGCCACAUUUGUGGAAAAUCAACCUUGAAAGACUUUCAAACAAUUAUUGAUAAUGUGGAUGAAUUGAAUAAACUAAAAAAUUCACAAUUAUUUUGGGAUAAAUAUAGGGAUGUAAAUGAGGAUAUUCUAAAACAGCGUCUUCAAAAAAUCAUUCAGAAAGUCAAUUGUGUUCAUUCGAGAUUCAACUUGUCAACAAAUAAGCCAAAUCCUUUAGAUGAACUUGCAAAUUUAGAGAAAGAUUUCAUGAAUACUGGUACGAAUUAUUCCAAACGUGACAUAAAAAUAAUUAGAAAAAAAGCCAGAUCUUUGGGAAACAAAAUAAAUGACUUGGAGAAAACUGAAAUAAGUGCUACAGAUUUCAAUAUUUAUAAAUUAAAUAGAGUAACACUGUGGGACAUAAAACAGAAACCCCCACAAAAAGAAUGUGUAAAUGUUAUGAAUAAAAACAAGAAAUAUUCUUGUGACCCACAAACAAUAUACACAGUUAGAAAUGGCCAAAUUAUAAAACUAAAUACAAAUGAUGAUCUUGAAAAAAAUAAAAAGUUAACUAUAGCAGAAAUAAAGAAGAUUCCCAAGUUUUCAAUGUUUGAACCGGGACACCCAUCAAAUAUAUUAUUGUUAAAGAAUUUAGGAAAAAAGGUUGAUAAAAAAAGCUUGGAAAGGUUGCUUGGAAAUUUCAAGAUUGGUUCUUUUACUAUUAGGAUUAUGAAUGGCAAAAUGAAAGGGCAGGCCUUCAUAACAUUUCAAAAUCAAGUUCAGGCUACACAAGGAUUAGAAGCUCUGAAUGGUGUCUUUAUUGAUGGAAAACCAAUUAUAGCUCAGUUUGGAAAAGUCCAAGAAUGUUCAUAAUCUUGUAUUAUUAUACUUAUUACUGUACUUUCAAUAAAACCAUUUUUUCCCUUGGGCUGAUUUUUUUUUAUUCGUUCCAUAAUUUGAAAAUUAUAUUUACAAAAUAGAAAUUUUUGGCUAUUAAUGAAUGUUACAAUUUAAGAAAACCAAAAUUUUAAUAACAAAAUUCAAUUCAAAUAAAAAAAAUGAUGAGACUUCCAAAUUUAAAUAAUAUUUUUUUUUUCUAAGCAUGGCUUCCAUUCACUAUAAUGUUAUAUCAGAUUACAUGUUACAUGAGGAAAAUAUUUCUGGCUAAUCUAAUAACGCACCUUAUAUCUAAAUAAUGUAUGUGUACAAUAAUAAUUAUUAUGCUCUGUUCAAAUGAAAAAGAAAACAAAUCCGGUAGUUCCUUUGGAAACUACAUUAGUAAAAAAGUUGUUAUAUAAUAUUAUGUAUAUCACAAAACCUAUUGGUAGCUCAAUAUGGGCUUUUUAGCUUUUGGGAUUGGUACUCAUGAAUCUGAAAUAAUUAAUAGUUUUUAAAUUAUAAAAGAAAUACAAAAUAAUACCUAUGACCAUCUCAAUCUUCACUGCAUAAUAUUAGCAACACUAGCCAUACUUCCGCUAACAUAGGCCGAGCUGCUCAAAGUAGAAGAUAAAUCCUGAAAGCUGAAUUGUGGGAAAUAUUGAGGUUCCUCUUGGAUGGAGCCCAAAGGUCCUGUGCUAUCUGGAGGUGUUAGUUCCACACUUUCACCAGUAAACUCUUGAUCAAAAUACCUAGUGUCUAUGUCGGAGGUUACGUGAGGUUUGAAAGGAGGAGGAAUCUGUGUGUGUGAUAAAAUGCAUUUAUAAAUCCUUCUUUAGUAAUAAUUUUUGUACCUUCUUUAGUUCAAGAUCUCUCCAAUUAAUGCUGUCAAAGAAAGGGUGAGCCAUAAUUUGCUUGGCAUCGUCUGGACCUCCACCUAACCUAAACAACCACAGAGGUGGUGUGAGACAAUACAAUUCAGAAUAAUGUUACGAUAACGCUAACGCCAGGCCAAAAGAACGGCUUCCGCCAGGCUCUCAAGAAUCUAGCGAAUUAUUCUACUAUAAUCGAGAAAAUAAAAUUAUCGUGCGUGUUCUAGAUUUUACAGGAAUAGAUUUCGGGAUAUAUAAAGGAUGCUGUUGCUUUGUAGUUGGGAAGUUUCAGUUUGACUGUGAUAAGAUUUAAAUAGUGAUUUGUUGUAAAGAGUUUAAUUGUUAAAGUAAUUAUUGUCAAAGUGUAUUGUUACGUGGAAUAAAUUAUUGCUGUGUUAAUUGGACCUUGAUUUUUGGAAUAAACGAAACGAACCCAAGAUUUCUGUCAGGCAAUCCAAAGCCGUGACAAUAAUAUAAUUAAAGUACCUUUUAGUGGGAUCUUUGAUGAGUAGUCCUGAGAGCAAAUUUCUAGCUUCCUCACUCAAGUUUCUGGGAAAUUUAACAUCUGACAUCAGAAUCAGAGUAAAGAGCAUGUCGUGAUCUCUAUUGUAAAAGGGCAAUCGUCCGCACAUCAUUUCGUACAUGACGACGCCGAUACCCCACCAAUCCACUGCCCUGCCGUAGUCAUUAUCCUCCAAGACUUCA